CAUGGCCCAUCACUCAUGUUUUUUUUUACUUUGUCUUCUAUGCUUCAGAAUUUAUAUUCCAUUUUUUCUUUGUUGAGAAUUGUUACCAAAGAAAGCUACAUUAAUUUUUCAUCAAUAUCCAUUUUCUUCACUGAACCAUAGAAGCAUUCUUUGUAAAGAUUUGCACUUGAAACCAUCCCAGUUGAAAAUUAUCUAUCUGCUAUAACUUGAGCAUGAGCUUCAGCUGAAAUAAAUAGCAUCCAAAAAGAAAGAGUACCAUGGUGGAACCAGUUAUUAAUGCAUUAACUUCAGGUAUGCCCCACUUUUCAUGUCUUGGAUUCUGAGCAAAGGCCACACCACACUUGAUCUUUCUUUUGUUUAUUUUUUGUUUUUGUUUUCACAACUAGUAUCCGGUCUGCUGGACCACUUAAUCUGGUUCGGGGUCAGUUAUGACAUUAAGUAGUUCUAGCCCCCUUCCAAUUGCAGUUGCGGGGAAUUGAAUUGUGAUCCUCCUUACCAAGUCCAACGUCAAUCACCACCAGACCAACUAACAAUUUGAAAUUUUAUCUUUCUUUUGUUUAUUGAUAUAUAGUCACAUAUAUAGUAGCAUUUAUUUUCCUUCAUUUAUCACCAACAAUAUUCAUCUUGGUUUAGUCCUUUUAUUCAACACUUAGCUGUUUUCUGAAGUCUAUAAACAAUCUAUGCAUUAAAGUUUGCACAACUACCCCUUGUGAACACUUCAAAAUGAGGUAGACAAUUGGAUAGUAGAUCAGAUGAAUCUAAGACCGUAUAUUUUGUAGUAAGGAGAGUAGAUCAGAUGAGAUGAGGAUUGAGGAGUCCAAUUGGUAGGAAAACUAGUAUGAAUGAAAUACCCUUAUAAUUAAGGUCAAUUAUUUUGCCAUAGACAUGAUUCGUCUGAUCCAUGUAGCCGACCUCACAUAGUAGAAUAAGAACUUAUUGCUAUCAUGGUUGUUGUUUGGUGUAAGUUUCUAGUUUUUAACUAUUUUAAUGGAGCCUCCUUUUCAUUUAUUUAGGACAGGUUUUCAACUAUUUUAAUUGUUCCUCUUUGAAGCAUUUCCAAUAUAGAAGUUUUUCAUGGAGUUUCAUGGCUUGGUUUUGCUAUUUUGUUAUGCUUGGUAUCUCUUUUAUAUGGGAAUUUGCAGUGCUCAGUUACAGUCCUCUCAGACACAAGUUCUUCUCCAAUUACAAAAACACUUAGAAUAUCCAACACAAUUAGAAAUAUGGAAAGAUCAUAAAUCAGAACUUUGCUUUAUGUCUUCAACACAAGUCAAAAUCACAUGCAAAGACAAUUUUGUCACAGAGCUAAGUAUUGUUGGUGAUAAGCCGAAAAAUGGUAGAGAUUUUGAUGGUUUUGCUAUUCCAAAUCAAACACUAUCACAAAGCUUCUCAAUGGACUCAUUUGUUGCCACUCUAGCAAGGCUAACUAGCUUGAAAGUUCUUCAUCUUGUUUCUUUGGGAAUUUGGGGACCAUUUCCAAAUACCAUUCAUAGACUCUUUUCACUUGAAUAUUUGAAUUUGAAUUCAAAUUUUCUUUAUGGAUCAAUCCCUCCAAAAAUCUCUACUAUGGUCAACCUUAAAUCUCUUAUGUUAGGUGAUAACUUCUUCAAUGGUACCAUCCCAAACUUGUUCAAUUCAUCAAAUAUUCUCUCAGUUCUUAGUUUGAAAAAUAAUAAGUUGAAGGGUCCAUUUCCAUUUUCAAUCCUUAGUAUCACAACCUUGACUAUCAUUGACAUGUCAAGAAAUCAAAUAUCAGGUAAUUUGCAAGAUUUUACUGGUUUGAGUAUCUUGGAACAACUAGAUUUAAGAGAAAAUGAAUUAGAUUCCGAUUUACCUGAUAUGCCUAAAGAGUUGAAAAUGCUUUUCCUCAAUCGGAACUCCUUCUCGGGUCAAAUUCCACAACACUAUGGUCAACUAAAUAAGCUUGAGCAGCUUGAUAUUUCCUUCAAUGCACUCACAGGAACUACUCCUUCUCAACUGUUUUCUUUUCCUAAUAUCAGUUACUUGAAUUUAGGAUCCAACAUGCUGAGUGGAACACUUCAAAAUGACAUAAAAUGUGGCCAUAAUCUUCGUUUUGUUGAUAUAUCAAACAAUAGGUUUGUUGGAGACUUUCCUUCUUCUCUAAUCAAUGUGUCAGAAAAUAGGGUUGUUAAGAGUGAUGGAAACUGUUUAUCUGGGAGUUUGAAGCACCAGCAUGCAGUAUCUUAUUGCACAAAGACGAAGUCGCACCAAGUUGGUUUUUUUGUUGGCGUGAUUGUUGGAAUUCUUGUCAUCAUUGUGCUUUUGGGUUUAUGCAUUGUUGUUACUUGUAAAAGGUAUUACUCUAAGGGGAUUUCAGAACAGCACCUAUUGCAUAAAUCAGUUCAAGAUAGCUUCUCAACAGGAUUCUCAUCUGAGCUUAUUGCAAAUGCAAGGUAUGUUUCUGAAGCUUCAAAGUUAGGCAGAGAAGAUCUUCCCCCAUGCCGAUCAUAUUCAUUUGAAGAGCUUAAGGAAGCAACAAAUAACUUUGACAAUUCUACUUUUCUUGGUGAAAAUAUAUAUGGGAAGCUGUAUAGAGGAAAAUUGGAGAGUGGGAUAGCUGUUGUUAUAAGGUGCAUACCUUUGUCAAAAAAGUACUCAAUUCGGAAUUUCAAAUUAAGGCUGGAUUUGCUUGCGAAGCUCCGUCAUGCUCAUUUGGUAUCCCUCUUGGGUCAUUGCAUUGAUGGCAUUUUAGGAGAGCGUAUCGACUCCAAAGUAUUUCUCAUUUAUGAAUGUGUGUCAAAUGGGAGUUUCCAAACUUAUCUCUCAGGAGAUAGUUGUGGAAAGAUUUUCAAUUGGCCAGAAAGAUUGUCAGUUUUAAUCAGUGUUGCUAAGGCUGUUCAUUUCCUACACACUGGAAUGAUACCUGGUUUCUUCAAAAAUAGACUUAAGACCAACAAUAUUUUGCUUAAUGAAAAUUGGAUGCCAAAGUUGAGUGACUAUGGAUUGUCCAUUAUCUCAGAAGAAACUGAUGCAAGUGGGGUAAAAGAAGAAAGUCCUAAUUCGUGGCAAAUGAAAAAGUUAGAGGAUGAUAUUUAUAGCUUUGGAUUCAUACUACUUGAGGCACUAGUUGGACCUUCAAUGUCUGCUAAAAAAGAAGCAACUGUGCUAAAUGCGAUGGCUUCCUUCAAUAGUCAAGAUGACUGGAAACAAAUAGUGGAGCCAGUUGUGCAAGCUACUUGUUGCAAAGAAUCUCUAUCAAUUGUGGUUUCUAUAACUAACAAGUGCAUUUCGACCGAGUCGUGGAGUCGACCAUCUAUCGAGGAUGUCCUUUGGAACUUGCAGUAUGCUUCUCAGGUCCAGAGAACAGCUGAUGGGGAUCACAGAAUUUGAUACUCCCACUAUCAGUGAGAAUCACUUCUGAUUUUUUGCUUCAAUAUUUCAUCUUUUGAUGAAAUACUUAAAGGGGUAGGAAUGUAUUGGCUGCAUGCUCCAAUUCAGCCAACUUUCAUAUAUACCAAGCAUUUUCAUUUGUAUAGUAUAUAGUAUAUAUUAUAUUUAGAUAUUAUCUUAUGAAUGGAAGAUGAAUUUACCUUUUUGAAUGAACAAAUAAAACUUGUGAUAACAUCGA